AUCAUCAGUAAGUGUUUCGAGCAUCGACAGUUUAUUGAAAAAGACAUUUUUUUUCUGUUUGCUUGCUUCUUAAUUCUAGGUCCCGCGCAGCUGUUCUUUACUCUUGUCUACAGAGAUCUUUCAUUUUGCUCGGAGGAAAAUACCCUUAAAAUCACUUUUAUUUUCAGAAAUAUUGACUGGGAGGCUCUAAUGAAAGUAAUUUCUCAGUUUCGUUGCUCUUUUACCUAUAGGUUCACUUGCAAAAUCGAAGAACUUCUGCGAAACUUCGAACUCACUCGACUUUCGACGUUGUCUGAGCUCUGUAUUGGUACACAGUCAUUUUUUCAAACUUUUCAUCCAAGAGCUAUUUAUUAUUCAUAUUUUGUAUUAGAAUGUUAUUAUUGAGAGUAACGCCUUAGUCUGAAUAAGAACAUACACAAAAGUUAAUAUUACAUCUCAAGGAGUCUAAGAGUAGAACAGGUUACCACACGGCGCUUCGAAGCCAUAAAAAAUCAUUUUUCAUGGCUCCGUAUUUCUUCGAUGCCGAACGCGUUAUAUAUAUAUUAUGCCGAACGGGCGUACGUGAACGGAUAAAAAUAUGCCCCAUACUCUUUCACAAGGGAACGGGUAGUUAUACGGGGUGUAAGUGAACGGAUAAAAAUACGCUCCGUGCUCUCCCAUGAAGACGAGUAGAAUGUAAACAAAUUAGCCUCAGUACGAGGUCUAGACCGCGUAUUAAAAAUUGAUAUGGGGUCAGAACGCCCGUUCUUCAAUUUUUUUAAGCUCUUAGGGCAGAUUAUGAACUCGAUAAUGGCUGAUGAAUUGUAGACAUAUAAUCACAAAUUCUGAUUGAGACUACAAACUAACAGACAACAUUCAGACAGCAGAGCAAGUUUUCUCAGUAAAAAUGGUCAGAGCUGGAGAUCGUCCCUCUCCAUUAUUCUUUUCUCGUAUUUUUAGCUGUAAGGAAAAAAUCAAAAUUAGAUUCAUUCUUUUAGAUGUUGCAAUUGAAAUAUUUAGCAUCAGAGUGAGACAAGAUUCGCUAUUUCGCUUUUCAUAGUUCAAUUUCCAAUAUAACAAUACUACAACGUGUAACAAGCAGAAAAAUUUCUAAAGAACAAAUCUGACUCCUUUCAACAACGCAAAACGGCAUAAAAUACAAAUUUGAAGAAGUGAAGAAUGAGUUUUUCAACGAUAUGAACAACAGAGAAUGUGUUCUUUCUUUUCGAGUUAUCUGAAGAACAAAUGUCCCUAAUAGAAGAACUCAUUUUGUGUUCUUCCGUUUUCGAAAAAAUCUAGCUGUGCAUGUUUUUAAAAAACUCAUUUGCGUUUUCUAUUUGGGAUAAGUGAAAAGCCCGUUUUAUGUUUUCUGAAGAACACGCGUUUUUACUGUAUAGUAAAAAACAAGGAAAUGCAUUCGUAUGUUGCGAUUUUUGCCGCCAAGCUUCCAUUUUUUUGCAAAAUCAAAAAAAAAAUUCUCUUUCGAAUGUUGAAAACCGCAGAUCUCUAGCUGCUUCCUAUCCGGAGUUAUUCAACUUACAACCGACUCCAUUGUUCAUUAAAAUGAAUAGUAGUCAAUAGAAAAAACGCAAAUUAUAAUAACAUACUUCAAUUGACGUCUCUAAUGAGGUCCUCAUUGUAGAAAUCUGAUUACAACUUAACGUAGACAAGUUGUGAUGAUAAAAAAUUAAAAAUUGAAACCUUUGCUGAUAUUAUCGUUUGUUUCAUUUAACUACAAACUGCUUGACUUUUUAAUAAGCCGAGAAAAAGAACUUGUUGAAUUUGCUGCUGUUUCUAUCAUAGAUAAACUUGUCGAUGAAAUAUUGCAAGGAAAAUCUGGACGUAUUAUUUGGGGUGUAUUUCAAAUAUUGUUGAUGAUACUUGGAGAUAUAGGUAAUUUAAUUACAUUAAUUGUUUUGAAUCGACGAUGGAUGAGAAAAUGUGGAAUAAACAAUUUAUUACAAGGUCUUGCUGUUAGUGAUAUCAUUGCUCCAACAAUUGCUUCAAUACCAUUAAUUAUCUAUUAUUAUGCUAGUAACAAAGUAACAAAUGAACAUGUAAUUGUAUUCGUUAUGCCAUUGGCCACUGCUGCCACUUUUGCAAGUAAUUGGAUCGUUGUAACGAUUACAGCAUUCCGUUUAUUUAUCGUUAUCAAACCGUUAUAUUCACAAGUCUAUUGUUCAAGUAGAAAUGAAAAAAAAGCUCUCACUAUCAUAUUCAUGUUAAGUUUAUUAUCUAUUACACCUUAUUAUUUUGAUUCAUAUUUUAUGUUUAGUUCUCAUAUUCAAAAUAUAAUUAAACUAAUGUCAGCCGUUUUAUCUUUGCUCGGCCCAUGGAUAAUAUGCGUUAUUUUAUGGUUAAUAUUAAUACGUGUAGUAGGUCAAGAAAUUGGUGAAAAAAAUUCUUUAAAAUUAACAUUACAUUCUGAAGUAAUUGCUCAACGUAUUCGAUCAAAAUCAAAAAUAACAAAAAUGGUAUUAAUCAUUUGUUUUUGUAAUAUUAUUUGUCAAUUACCUGUUCUUAUUCGAACAAUACUUGAUUUAAUUGAUACUGGCUCAUGUGGUCGUGCAAAAACAUUUUUUUUUGUCUAUCUUUUAUUUACAUCAAAUUUAUUAUUAAUUGUCAAUCAUAGUAUCAACUUUUUUAUUUAUUCUCUAACAAAUGCUAAAUUUCGUUAUUCAAUAAAGAUGAUGUGUCGCCGCUGUUGUUGCUUACAAAACUUAUAUAAUCCACAACAAUCGAUGACUAUUGAUAAUAGCAACAUUAAAAUGUACAAAAUGUCACCGAGAGCAACACAUUCAAUCUCAACACUAUCGGCUAGAAGUACCGUAAAAUUUUUGGCCUUAACAAGAGUUCGUGAUUUUUGA